GAUGCCUAAAGUUGACUAAUGGUUUGUUUGGUGGAGUUGGUUAUAUUGUAUGUUGAAGAGGAGAAUAUGAAAGACAAUGAAAGCAAUGAUCGAUUAUUUCCAAGAAGCUCUCUUUUACAAUGCAGUAUGAUCCCUCAGUUCUGAUGAUCCUGGUUCUCCUCUUGUGGGUCCCUUCCAUCACCCUCUCCUCCGACAACAUGAGCAUGAGCAUGAGCAUGAGCCUCUACGGUGACGCAGUCUUGACCCCCAACGGCAUAGCCCUGACGACCACAACAUGCUCCCCAUCCACAGGAAGAGCCUUCUACAGCGACCCCAUACGCUUCCACGACCCCCUCACCAACGCCACCGCCUCCUUCUCCUCCCGCUUCUCCUUCUCCAUCCUCCCCUCCUCAUCGCCCCCCCCCCUCUUCCCCACCGCCCCCGGCUUCCUCGGCCUCCCCUCCUCCCCUCUCCCCUUCCUCGCCCUCCACUUCGACACCACCCGCCACCGCAACCGCCUCGCCCUCCACCUCUCCUCCCUCCCCUCCCUCUCCGCCGACGCCUCCUCCCAAGGCAUCACCCUCACCAGCAACAAACUCAUCACUGCAUGGAUCCACUACGCCCAUGCACUCAACCUCCUCCGCGUCUGGCUUUCUUAUUCCACCACCCGACCCCCCUCUCCCCUUCUCUCUUCCCAACUCGACCUCUCCCAAACCCUCAACCACUUCAUGCACGUCGGAUUCACCGCCUCUAAUGGGGAAGGCUCUAGUCUCCACCUUCUUCACCGCUGCCACUUCAACACCUUUGCUUACUACGACGACCACGACCACGACGACUCUCCUGAAGAUGCAGACUGUUUCUUCUGUUAUCAAGACCAUGAUUCCUCACGCUCCGAUCUUCAGACUCAGAAGAGGAAAAAGAUCGGUGAAAUGGUUCUUGGCUUGGGAGGCUUGACGGCGUUUGUGGUGUCUCUUUUGGCGGCUAUGUUCGUCGUCUGUGUUUUCUUGACAAAGAAGAAAGAGGGUGUUAGGGAAGGUGGACAGAGUUGUAGGAAUAUUCACACCAGUAAUAGAGUGCCGACAAGGUUGUCGCUUUCGGAGAUUAAGUCGGCUACGAUGGGGUUUAACCGAGAUAGGCUUGUUGGAGAGGGUGCUUCUGCCAAGGUUUAUAGAGGGUACCUUCCCUUUGGAGGUGACGUGGCGGUCAAGAGGUUUGCGAGGGAGGGUAGUGGUUUGGACUGUUUGCACAACCCUUUCGCCACGGAGUUUGCCACCAUGGUGGGUUACUUGCGCCACAAGAAUUUGGUUCAGCUUAAGGGCUGGUGCUGUGAGGGGAAUGAGUUGGUUUUGGUUUAUGAGUUUCUCCCCAAUGGGAGCCUCAACAAGGUUUUACACAGGAACUUCGGUUCUUGUAUUGUUCUAUCGUGGAGGCAAAGGUUAAAUAUUGUUCUCGGGGUGGCUUCUGCUCUCACCUAUCUUCAUGAGGAGUGUGAGAGGCAGAUCAUUCAUAGGGAUGUCAAGACCUGCAAUAUAAUGCUUGAUGCGGAUUUCAAUGCCAAGCUUGGGGAUUUUGGGCUGGCUGAAGUGUAUGAGCACAGUUGUAGCACAAGGGAUGCUACUAUACCAGCGGGGACAAUGGGGUAUCUGGCUCCUGAGUAUGUUUAUUCUGGUGUUCCUACUGCGAAGACUGAUGUGUAUAGUUUUGGGGUGGUGGUGUUGGAGGUGGCAACUGGGAGGAAGCCUGUGGAGGAUGAUGGCACUGUGGUUGCGGAUUAUGUGUGGAGCUUGUGGGAAAAGAGGAGGCUCAUUGAGGCUGCUGAUCCAAGAUUGAUGGGGAAGUUUGAUGCAUUGGAGAUGGAGAGGAUGUUACUUGUGGGUCUUCUUUGUGUGCACCCUGACUAUGAGAAGAGGCCAAGAGUGAGAGAAGCAGCUAGAAUUCUUAAGAAGGAAGCACCACUUCCUUUGUUGCCUCUCAGUAAACCAAGGGUGAAAAUUGGGCAUAUUUGUCCUAAUGAUACGCCUGAGGCACAGAAUGUUGUUGUUGGGGAUUGGCUCAGCACAGAUGAGGCUCCUUAUUUGACCCCUAGAAGUCAGUUUUACUAGGAUUUGUACAUUGAACUCAGAUUAUUUUAGAGUCUUGAUUUGUGAGAAAAUAUUGUGUGCAGGAAUCUGAACAAUGUAGCAUGUCUUUGAUCAGCCAGAUGGAAAAAAUACUUGUUUUCUUGUUUAAU